ACAAUGGAUGCAGAAACUAUACCAUCCAGUCAACAAACCACAGAACUAGAGCUACACAUCAGCCCAAUUCUCACAAAUGACAAUGUUGAUGAUGUGGCUUUUGUAGGGAAUGCACAUCAUACAAAUGUGUUUGAAGAAGCAUGGAACCAGAUAAAAUCUCAUUUAUCCUCUUCAGACUCAGAGAAGGAUAUGAGUUCAGAUGAGAUGGAUGUGGACAAUAAUGACAACACCAUGCAUGACAACAAAGACUCUAUGCAGAUACACUAUUCAGAUAUUGGAGGUCAAGUACAUUCUCCUGUCAUGAAGCUUGAAGAAGGGGGAGAACAUCCUGAUGAGGGUACAACAAGUUUGGAUCAUAGUCAAACUAACAUUAAACAUCUGGGCAAGCAACAGAGAGAGGAGAAAGCACAUCAGAGUGAUGAAAAAAGUGACAGUGACAGUGAUAGCGAACCUGAGGUGAUGGAAAUAAACAAAGAAACACAAAAUGAGGACAAUGGAGAGGAACAGGUCAUGGUGAUAGAAGAGCAGGACCAGGCACAGGAGGAGCAGCCAAGAGAAAAAAGUCAGCAAACACAAAGUAAUACUCUUUCCACUUCCCUGUCAAUGUCUGUUUCUGGAGGCCCCAAAAUCACUAAAGGCCAGAACAAAGCAAAGAUAUUUCAGGGUAAUCGCAAAGAUGGACAAAACAGUACUGUUGCUCAGCCUGCUCAGAACACAGCUGUAGGACUUUGUGCAUUGCUAGAUGCGAGCCCAGGGAAAAAACCCAGACAGUACAAAAGCCACAAUAAGGACAAAUCCCAACCGGGGUUCAAUCCAUUCAAGCAGUUUGCUGACCACAUUGCCACAGGUAUCAGUGACACUUAUCUUGGCUGUGGCCUUGUGCCUGUCAUGAUGAACACCCUGCUGGAAAAUGGUCCUACCCUGGCCAAGAGAACCAUCAACCUGCGUGGCCUGGAUGAAAAGUACCUUGCUGCCUUUGAAAAAGAAGUCAAAGUCAAGCAACUCCGAAACAAGCAUGUGGAGAAUGCACUGUUCAUUGGAGUUCACCGCCCGCAUAUUGAUCUGACCAGCUUGGUGGACCAGAACAUGGGGAUUUUGACUAAUCCUGUCAAGUUCAAAGGUGUUUCAGGAACAGAGCCAGCAUAUGAGCUUGUGGUCAUCAACGGGUCUCACCGCAUUGAGUAUAUGCAGACCAAGUCAGAAUGGAUUGGUAUACUCAACGAGUACCAUGAAAUCAUAAAGAUGCAAAAGGAGGGCACAGCAACAGCAGAUCAUGCAGAGGCCAAGGAAAGGUGUAUCCGUGCAUUAGUAGAGAAUGGGGUGUGGUCUGCUAAAUUCUUUGAUAUUGACAUGAUCAACCAAAGUCCACAAGCUGCGAGUAUUAUGUUGGACCUUGCUCAGAACCGCCCCCUCAUCCAGAAGCUGGACACAGACACAGAUGAGCUGGGCAUGAUUCUCAAUCUGAUUGCCAAAACACAUCAGCAAAACCAGGAUCUGGUGCCCCAAACAAUGCAGGAAUACUUGAACCUCCACAACAAAACUGGAAACAACUCUGUCAUGCCUGCUAUUUUCCGCGACAAACUUUUGUGGACAGAGCUGCUCAAAUACAUCCGUGUCCCCCAAUUCAGAAAGGGCGACAGGGCUGGGUUCAGUACCCGUGUGGUGGGAAAUAUAGCCAAAACACACAGUGGUGUGAUGCUACCCCAGAUCCGGUUUCUCACCCAAGUCCUUGAUUUCCUGGCUACUCCAAUUGAGUUUGCUUCACAGAGUGAAUGGAAGAAAGAGUUUAACCAGACUCUACAAAAGCAAGGUAGCAGCAGCUCUGACACAUCCCGAGAAAGGGCCUGGAUGCUUUUUUAUCAAGCCAAGGUCCAAGAAGUUCAAAAAAUGGCUGAGACUUGGCUGGCAUCCAAUGAGUCAGACUGGAGUCUCCUUGAAAGAAAACACUUGGCAAUUUGGGAGGAUGUUUACUUGGCAGACAACAAUGCCAAAAGCUUGCUUGCAGGCUAUGGUGCACACCCAAAACGGCAUACACCUGAAUACAAUAUUGUCCAUGGCAAGAGAGCACACAUCUUCAACCUAUGUAUAUCCUCUGCCAGGGAGCAUGCUCGGAGCCUGUCAGCAGACGACACAAGUGAUGCUGCUGUGGUGGACAGAGGCAUGGCCAAAAAGUUGGUGCUUCUUGAAGACAUGAUGUUUGCCAAGGAUACCUUUGGCCGUGUUGCCCGGUUUGCACCACCACCAACCAAGUACUUUUUUUCAGGUGUGAACCAGGUCCUCACUGAGGUGAAGGGUGCAUUGGAACAG